AUGGUUCGGCCUUUGUCUACAGUAACUUCCAGUUCCUCAUCGAAGCAUCGUUGGUAUUACUCCUACUCGGACUUCAUCUUCUUUUAUCCCUGGACGGUCCUGUUCCUCAGUCUAUGGACCUUCCUUAUAUUACCUUCAACCCUCCUGUAUCUGUUCCCUUUGAGGUUGGAUAGUAAUCCAGAAAAGGGUUUUAAUACAAGAGGAACGGUCUACUCGUUGCCUCGGAUUGGAUGGAGUCAAUUACAGCCAUUUCUACUUAAGGGGAGUCGUGUUGUUGUCGAUACAACUUCAAGAAUAAAAAGAGGCUGGGCUGAUGAUCUCUUUAACAGUCUUGGAAGUAUUGCCUGCUAUCAGCAACCAGUCCCAGCCAGUAAGUGAAGAUUUAAAAAUGUAAAUUAAAACAACUUAUAUUAUAACAUGAAAGUACUUUUAGUGGAUUAUCUGGCCCAAGUCAUCGUCUCCGUCCCCAGUUUUGAAUGGCUUUUUUCAUCCAAAUUCUUAACUGAGAUGUGUCAAAUGAAUGAUCAAUUAAGGCCCGCUCUUCAGCCAUUCGAUCAGAUCACACCUCAUCGGAAUAUCUGGCAUUUCCCCAAUUAUGUGGCCUGCGUUUCCCCUGUGGAGCAGAUUAAUUGCACUUACAUCAAGUCAGAGGAUAUUGUAAAAGUUAAAAGUCUCAUCAAUUUUUGUGCCGAAUACCGUAGUGAGAUCAUCGAUUGUCGCAGGGAAUGUUUGGAGAGAGUCCGGCAAAACCAGAUCGAACAGCAGCCGCUGGCAAUGGUGGAAUGCAGGGAAUGUAAUCCUCAACUGGUCCCUGCCAAUUGUUCCACUCAAAUGAUGUUCGAUCUCUUCUAUCGAAUAUUGCCCAAGGAUUUAACGGCCCGGCCAUUGUAUAUCAAUUCUUUUCUUCCUGUAUUCACUUAUACUUCCUAUCAACUUCAAGGAUAUCCGGUGCGAUUAAUGGAUUUCGUCAAUCUGCAGGAAGCGUUGAGGAAUAUGAGUACAGACCAAUAUGUGAUAAAAGGUAAGAUCCAUUGUAAUUCGCAUACUGAGAAUAAAAAAAACUCAACUAUGACGUUUCAGGAACUCUACUCGAUGUGAAGAGAGACCUGUUAUUAGAAGCAGCAAUCGCAGAUUCUAAGUACACUCUCGUAGCCGGGGCUCUUGUAAUCUCUUUGGUUGUAUUUUACACUCGUUCCAUCACUUAUUGCUUGGCUUGUAUCGUCCAGCUUCUGGCCUCAGUCCUGGCCGCAGCCAUCGUCUAUCGUAUCUUCAGCGUGGAGUUUCCUCUUCUGAAUCUGAUCGUCUUUGUUCUUCUGAUCUCAAUUGGAUCUGAUGGUGCUUUUCUUUUAUUCUCAUCGUUCCCGAAUUCGGCUGAUUCUCUGGAUUCGGAGUCCUUCCGGGAAUGUCUCCAUCACACCAUCUCCACCAUGUUCCUGACUCAAUUCUCGACGGUCGUUCCUUUUUUCCUCAACAUCUUCUCGGCUGUUCUGGCGUUCCGAUGUUUCGGAUUGUUUUCUGGUUUCACGCUGAUCUUUAAUUACAUCAUGUUGAUCUCUUUCCUGCCGGCAGUGCUGAUCCUGAAACGACGUCAUCUGGAUCCCUUGACCAACAAAUUAAUACGGUAGGAACUUUAUCAUGUACUAUUUCUAAAACUUCUAUCAAAAAAGCAAUUUAUCAAAUAAUUUUUCCUAACACCGUCUCCAUUUCUAUAUAAGUAACCUUAACACCUAUUCAGCAACUAAUAACUACUGGCUUUCAGACCAUGGAAAUUCAUCGUAUAUCAAAUCGAUGACACAAUUACGGACCGAACAUCGUAUUUGUUAUCAACCGUCCUCCUCAAUAUAAUCCUAAGAGCACGUUAUCUCUGGCUCCUCCUUCUUUUCUCACUCACAGCCACAUGUGGUUAUGUGAGUGUAACUGGCCUUCAUCUACCUCAAUAUAAUCCUCUUCAAUUAUUCAUCGCAUCCGAUCCGAAUGAGUUUUAUGACAAUAAUGCCGAGAGAUUGUUUGAAUUCAUCGAGCAAAAGAUAGCCCUUCCUUUGACAAUACGGUUGGUUUGGGGUGUGGCUGUGGAAGAUCAGUCAUCCUUCUUUGAUUCCCAUGAAAUCUCGAGAUUAUCCAUCAAUCCGGACAUGGAGUUAUCAACUGUGGAUGAUAUGAAAGGCUUGGCCGCCUUUCUUCUAAGACUUCGGACCUUGUAUUUUAUACAACACGAACACAAAUUCUGGCCUGAAAGGUACAGUAGUCUUUGCUUUCUAUAAUAUUUUUCGCAGAUAAAAUUCAAAAUUUUAAUUUGAAAUUACCGUGCUCUCCUUUUCAGAUUCCUCGACUGGAGUCAGCGGAUUCCCUGCGAACCCGGUGGUAUCUGUUGCAAUGUUAACAACAAUCUCUUCACAGAUCGAUAUCUGGACCAUUGCAUGAGAGUUUCCACAUCCCAGCUCCUUACAAGCUACAAUGACACUCCACUAUAUCACAACAAAACAUUUGAAUUUGUCGGAUACACAGCAUUAUUGCCUACAAAGCUAAAGUAUUCUCAUCGUUUCGGGAAUCUUUCGAGAUCAUUUGAGUUAUUGGAUAAUAGCAUCCAGCGAAAGGGGAUGUGGUAUACUCCGGAAUGGGGACUGAUGUCCACCUGGUUCGAUUUACAACGAUCUAUUAUCGCCGAUUCAACGCAGUCUGUGGUCAUCAGUAUCCUGGUCGUUCUGAUAUUCGCUGCAAGCAUCUUAAGGUAAGCUUCAAAUCGAUUCAUAUUAAAUUUUUGUAGAUUACAAGCUGUCUGCGCUAUGAUCAGUAUCGUUUGUAUUGUGGUAUGUAGUAGUGGAACAUUAGUUUUGAUGGGUUGGGAGGUUGGAAUGCUGGAGUCAGUAAUCCUGGUGCUGGCUGUCAGUCUUUCCUUCGACUACACAUUACAUUACGGGGCUGCUCUUCCAUCUUCCAGACUCUGCCCAGAACAUCGAAUCAGAACGGCGGUUGAGAAAUCGACCCGCCCUGUUAGCAUGGCUGCCCUUUCAAGUGGACUAGCCGGGUUUGCUUUGCUAUGUUCGAAGACCCAUGCGUUUUACCAGGUAGCCAUCUUCCUCCUCGUUUCAACUGGAUUCAGCUUCAUAUUUGCGACUUUCUUCUUCCUUCCCUUACUAUCAUUAUUCCUCUUACAAAAAGCUCAUGA